UUUACAGCAAGGCGAACGAGAUUGAGAUUAGUUGUUCAGUCCAUGGGGGUGAGUUGUUGUUUACACGAACAGCUGAGAAGUGACGGCAUAUCGGUAUCGCUGUCGAUACAGUCACGGCUCACCUUUGAAGUGGAUCUUUGGGCAAAGCUAUCACAUGCAUUUCCCCGCCGGCAGUGAAUUCACUCAAAACAUUUCACGCGAUGAAGCGCAUAUACGAAAUUCAACUAGGCUUCGCUAUCCUCAAAGCUGGUACAGGAAAGCUCAAAUAUCAGCAGAGACAAGCCGGGAUGACUACCACUCUAUCACUCUAUGCCUCGAGACUUCGAGUAGACAAUUUAGAAUUGAAGAUACUAAUGAAAGGAAAGAAUGUGAGGCUUUUAGGAUCUCUGAGCCACCUCUUUCGCCCUUUGGUAGCAAUGAUAGGACAAUGGUUGAACAGGGAAUAGCACAAGACAGCAGUAAACAUUGAGAUUUCCAGAUGAUCAACAACCGCUUGCACUUUCUGUCAUUGCGAAAACAAAUUCAAGAUAUUCAACCACGCAAAUUCGUAUAUCG